UUUUUUGUCGAAAGUGUUGUGAUGUGAUCUACAAAAUAAUAAUUAUUUUUAUCUGAAAAUAAUUAGAUUUUACGUUACAUCUUUUGAAAUUCGUCAUAAUUGAUGUCUAUUUUUGAAUGAAUUAAUUUGCAAUAUUCUCAAACGUUUGCCGCGAGGCUAUAACUGUUCGGGUACGUAGCAAUGGCGAAAUAAGCUUUGCUAAUUGCUAUACAAUUCCCAAUCCCAGCUCAUCAACCAAAUGCCGUUUUCUCGUUCAAAUGUAGAGAACCGAAGUUUCUGAAGUGUGUGUUCCCGUUUAAUAAUAUUGCAUUUCCGGAAUCGUUUUCUCAGGCUGCAUUGAAAACGAUUUGGCCAAUAUCAUGAUGGGGUUCUCAUAUGAAAAAAGAGUACUCAAGCGACCGAAAUUAGGGCCGCCGGAUGUUUACCCACAACAACCCAAGCAGAAGGAGGAUGAACUAACACAUGCACACGUCAAAUCGGGAUUCACGUUUUCGCCACAGCUGCAGGAAAAAGAAGAAUUUGGCUCUGCUCAUGCUACUGUUGCGAAAGAACAAACUGACCCCAAAGUGAAUUUUGAGUCACAAAAAAUCGCAUAUUUUCAACCUUCGAGAGACGUUCCAAAAAUUGGAGCUUUUUUAAACGCGAUUGUGAUAAAAAAGGAAGAAAUUAAUACGUUACAAGAUUCGAGUAAAAAGCGUCAACAAAUCAACACCAAAGAAAAUUUCUGGCCUGCUACGGCUCGUUCGAAAAAUGCUGUCGAAGCAUGGUUUAAAGAUCUUGCUGCUUCAAAACCCCUUAAUUCUUUAUCUAAGAAGGCUCCGAAUUUUAACAAAAAAGAAGAAAUGUUUUCUUACUUGUGUGAUUAUCAGGUUCCUGUUUUACGUGCGACUUGGUUUAUUAAAUUGAGUUCCGCGUACUCUGUGGCCGUUUCAGAACAAAAAAUUAAGAAACGUCAGUUACCAGAUCCUACUCAAGAAUGGACAAGCACUUUAUUAAGGUUUAUGAAAGAACAAUUAAUCAAAUUACAAGAAUAUUAUCAAAAUCAGCCGUCGAGUGUUGUAUCUACGCCUACGUCGGUAGCUCCAACUUCAGCCGAUGAACAAAAAAUCGCUAUGAAACAAUGGCAGUAUUGCACGUUAUUAGCCAAGCAUAUGUAUCAGGAGGGAUUACUCGAAAGGCAAGAAGUUCUCACGUGGAUACUAGAUCUUUUAGAACGUUUGAAAUUAUCCAACAUUGAAGAUGGUCUAUUACGAUUGUUUUUAUCCCUAACCUUGCAAUACUUACGCGAAUUCGUUCAAUCGGAGCAGUUAUCUCGUAGAUUAGUAAAUUUAUGCGCCAGAAAAUUAUCAAAUUUUGUGACAGUGGCUAUUAAUCAGCAAAUACAGCAGCAACAGCAAUUGCAAUCUGAAAAUGAUUCUAAUCAGCCUCCUACUCCGCAAACUCCGAGUCCUUGUCCUACUACCAAUCAAACAUCUAAUCAACAAAGCAAUUCUACUAACGCUACACAAAAUAGCAUCACCGAUCCGGCUACAAUUUUGAACGAAUAUCUAAAAUGUUCUCAUCACCGUGAUAUGGUUAUAUCUCUCAGUACUAUUAUUCAGGUCGUUACAUUAGAAUGUCCUACGGCUUUGGUUUGGAAUAAUGUCGGCGAAGGAAAAUCAUUCUCGAUUCUGAACGGAUCUCCUUUGGACCAUUUACCGUGCACUCCAGCCAACCUUCCUAUGCCUCAAAGAAGCGCCACUUUGCACAUAAGGCAACAAUUGAGAUUUGGCGAAGAACUGAUUCGUCAAAGAAGCAGCGCUGCGAUGAACAAAUGGUCUUCCGAUAAAUGGCAGCAGUCUUCAGCUGGUAUUAAAAUGCAAAAAAUUUUAAAUACUUUGGACGCGUUGGAUCGACACAGUUUUGAAAGAGUUGACCAAAAUAAUUCAAUUGACACCUUGUACAAUAAUAUAUUUCCUCCGAUUACCGAGAAACCUGCUAGUAAUCCAUUGAAUCCGAGCUCAUCUUCGAAAUUUAGCAACAAAUCAAACAACAAUACGAAUAAUAACAACGACGAUAAAAAAGAAUUCGAUAUUUGGCAAGAUGAAGCUAUAAUUCACAUACUUUGUGAAUGGGCAAUAAGUCAUUUACGUACCGGUGAACAUCGUGCCAUCGCGGUAGCUCGUUUGUUAGAAAAACGUCAGACUGAAAUUUUCAACCCCGGUACAUUCAGUGCUCCCGGUGACAAUGAUAUUUCCGAUGAUAAAGACUCAGUCACUUCAGUUCCUGUCCCAUUUCCAAUAUUUCAACCUAUACUCAUGAAAUACUUGGAUCAUCAUGCACCGGUGUUAGAUAAUAGCCCAGGUAGCGAAGUGAGGUUUAUGAAUUUAGUUCAUAUGUUUUCCCAGUUAAUCAGGCACGAUAUGUUCUCACAUGAUGCGUACAUGUGUACUUUGAUAUCAAGAGGAGAUUUGAAUACGUCUAAUGCCGGUAAUAAUGAUAGUAAUACGCCUCACAGCAACAAUAAUAAAUCCAUCGAUACACCUGCAACAGCCGGACCAAGUAGCACUCAUAUGCAUCUAGAUGACGACAGUGGUAUUUAUGACAUUAAGCCAAACAUCAACGGCCGAGCAAUGGAUUACGAUGAUAGUAAAAUUGACGACGAUCUGGAUAAACUGUUACAACACAUUAAACAAGAACAACAAAAUUCAAUGGACGGUCCUGAUUCGCCCAAAGAACCUGGAUCUUUUGUGACUAAUUCUCUACCGGCGAUAAAUAAUCAUGACCAAAAAGACAACAGUCAUUCAUAUAAAUGUAAAUCGUCUCGUCAUGUUCUAUACGCCACUCAUUUCCCACUACCUUUGGACGACGAAAUCGGUAAUCAUGACUGUAACCAAAGAUACGUUUUAUUAUUUGGAGUUGGUAAACAAAGAGACGACGCUAGACAUGCUGUGAAAAAAAUUAGCAAAGAAAUUUCGAAAUUGUUCAGCAAAAAAUGUUGUAUCGAUGUUGCCGAUGGUGGAAAAGUGAAAAAGCAGUUGCGCAAUGAGUUUAAUUUUGAAAUAAUUACGAAUAAAGUGCAAGCGUUAUCCUACUUUGAUCAGCAUGUAGUUACAUUUCAGUGCAGUGUGACUUUAUUCGAAGUUAUUAAUAAUUUUGCUAAUGGUAAUUCAAUAUAUUUACCUGUUCAAGAAUACGUAGCAUUUUUAUUUGACCUCAUGGAGCUGUCAUUGAACGUUGAUCGGCUCAUCGACUUUUGCAUAAUGAUUUUGAUGGAAAUACCAGAAGUUGAAAAUCAGUUAAUUAGUAGAGGAUCUUCUUUGGUUAAAGUCUAUAGUUCCUCUUUAAUUCUAUACAUUCUGGGUGUUCUAAGACGAUAUCAUUCUUGUUUACUAAUGUCGCAAGAACAAACGGUAGCGGUUUUCGAAGGACUAUAUCGCAUUGUAAAAAAUGUAUCUAAUCCUUGCGAAUGUACUAGUGUAGAAAGAUGCAUAUUUUCUCAUUUGUACGACUUGUACACGUCCGCUUCUCCGUUAUUGAAAUCAUUAUCUAUCGGAUAUGAAUCUUUUGCUAAUACUUACGUGAAGAUAUAUAACGCGUAUUAUACUCCGGUCAACAGCACACCAUCCAAUCAUGGACCAUGGAAUGAUGAAUUCAUGCUUGAAGCUAUAAGCAAUUAUCGUCGUGGAGUGCGGAUAGAUCCUAUGUGGAUUAGACUUCUCAAUGAAUCACCAGUGAAUCGAUAUAAUCUAGUGUGCAACGUGAUCAUUGCUUUAUGCAAAAAAUCCACGACAACCGAUGUUGACAGAUUGAACGACCUUGGAAUUUUUUGCGCUGAAUUAACUGCAGCUUGUAAUGCUCUGACUGCAGAAUGGAUAGGAGUGCUAAAAGCGCUGUGUUGCUCUUCUAAUCAUCCAUCGUAUUUCGGCGACGUAUUGACUCGAGUUGAUCUGCAGGAAUCCAGUAAUCAUAAUUCGUUAGCAAUUUUUACCGCAAUUUUAGUCGCUCGUAAUUGUAUUAGUUUGGAAGAUUUCGUUGUCCAAGUUGCUCUUCCAUCGCUCGUUAUUGUUUGCAACGAUGGUCGAAGAGAUGCAGACGCUGAUGCCGAAGCUGGAGCUAGAUUAACGUGUCAUCUCAUUUUACGUUUAUUUAAAACGAACGAAAUUCCACAGCCAGGUUUAUAUUCAGUUGGUACAUCGCCACAUCCGAUGAUGAAUCCCAAUUCCGGUAUUUGGUGUAUAAAGCAAAGCUGUGACCGUCACUUACUUGCUGCGAUGCAUAAUAACAUUAGAGUUGGAGCGUUGAUUGCUGUCUUGAAGGCUGUUAUCGCUGUCGGUGAUGCAACAGCGGUUAGACCCGGCCUUCCAUUGAAAAAAUCUCCCAGCGGGCAUCAGACGCCCAAUCAUUCGGCUAAAAUGUCCGGUGAAUUGUCAAUUAGUCAUAUUCUUGGUACAACAGACUUCUCCGGUAGCUCAACUGAUAACAUUUUGUUGGAUUUGAACUCGGAAACAACUGCUCCAAGUUUAUCAGAAUUCGCUCAAUACGUUCUGAGGGAGAUUUGUAAUCAGGAAUGGGUAUUGGAUCGUUGCCUGCAGAAUCCCGAAAUGUUAUGUCGACCAGAUAUGCUUCUCGAUCAGAUGCUUACGCCCAAACAGGCUCAAAGACUCCUGCAUAUGAUCUGCUAUCCGGAAAUCGCCGCUUCUACAGAUAAUUGCCUGGAUCACAAAACGAUCAUUAAUAAUAUUAUUCAAAAAUUAGACCAAUGGACUUUACGUAUGUCGUGUCUUGAUAUGCAGCUCAUGUUUAAGCAAUUCAAAGAAAAUUCCGCUGAACUUAAUCAGUGGCUAGAUAUGGUUGCUAAAGCCGCCAUAAACGUGUUCCAAUUAAAUAAAGGUGAAUCAAAAGCUAAACCUGAAUCUAUAUGGUUAGUAGCGCCGCUGAUUUCCAAAUUACCCAGUGCAGUUCAGGGAAGAGUAUUAAAAGUAGCAGGCCAAGUCUUGGAGAAUAUAAACGUUUCCGGUAACACCCCAUCAGGAUCAUCGACCUCCACCAGUAGCGGCGGCAGUAAUAGCAGGAGUAGUAGUAAGGGUACACCGCAGCAUCAACACCAACACAUGUUACAACAGCAGAAAAGUCCAGCAGCUUCACCCGCGCCUUUGAUUCAUCAUCAGCCAUUUUUGUCAUUGGUGUUGACUUGUCUAAAAGAACAAGAUGAUCAACGAGAAGCUCUGCUGGCAUCGUUGCAUUCGCAGUUAUCUCAAUUUUUAGCUCUCAGUAAAAGCGAACGUAUGAAUGGUGGUAGCGAUGAUUUUUGCGGUCGUAGCGAAGAUGGUCUUUUAUUGCGAUUUAGCCUUGUUGGCGGUAUGUUCGAUACGAUACAGAAGACCACCUCGCUGACCACUGAUUGGGCUGUGUUGUUAGUGCAAUUGAUUACUCACGGUGUUAUUGACAAUAGCAAUAAUUCGGAUUUAUUUAGUACGGUAAUUGAUAUGCUUGCUACUUUGAUUCAUUCGACGUUGGUCUCCGAUAGCCAGAACGAGAAAGGCGAAGAGAAUCGUAGACAUUAUCAAAAUUUGAUGAAAAAAUUGAAAAAAGAGGUUGGUGACAAAAAAAGUCUGUCAGUCGCACAAGUACGCCAAUUAUUACCACUACCCAAAGUCCAAUGCGAAGUAAUCGCUUGCGAACCCAUUGGCUGUAUUACCGAUAUCAAAGGAAAUAAAAUACCUGGAUUCGAUUCUUUGGAUAAGAAACACGGCCUUCAUGUCACAGAAAAGCAACGAGUCACCGCUUGGGAUAUAUUGGAAGGUCACAAGAAUCCAUCACAUUUAUCAUGGGCAUGGUUCGGAGCCGUUAAAAUGGAACGUAAACCUUUAUGGUACGAAGAAAAUCACAGACUGUUGAAGUACCAUACUCAUUCGUUGGUGAAACCAUCGUCCUAUUUUUUGGAACCACUACCUCUGCCCCCGGAAGACAUGGAACCACCGAUGGAAAAACCAUGUCCUUGUGUUUAUUGCAAUCAGAUGAAAGGAGGGCCCCCUGGGGCUCCGGAUACGCCGACUUCGGUGGAACAGUCACCCCGUGGUAUGAAACGAAGCAUGAAGCAGGGUCCUGCAAAUCAACGCCGAAAAAAACAGCCUACGAAGCCAAUCACUCCGGCAGGUCCUUUACCUCCCGGCAUGCAUCCUCAGGUUCAGGGUGCGCAGGUUCCGAAUCAACAUAUGAACUACCCUGGCGGUGGACCACCUCAAGGACCUCAAGGACAAGGUAAUGGAAAUAUGUACCCUUGCCAGCCAGGACCAGGAAAUUCGGGUCAGUGGGGCGGUUAUCCUCCUCAACAAGGAGGCCAUAUGGCACAACAGCCAGCUCCUCCGUAUUAUUCUCAGCAUCAAAUGCCUCCUGGCGUACCGAACGGACCAGCUGGUUCUAGAUUUGAUCGACCAAUGCCGUCUCAGUCGAAACAAGCGUUGUCUAACAUGUUGCGUUCGCGGCAGCCAAAUCAAUAUAUGGGUAUGCAACAACAACCCGGUAUGCCGGGUCAUAAUUUCCCAGGAAUGCCUCCGCAACAGCGUCAACAAUUCUUGAGGCAACAAAUACGUGCUCCUCAUAGUAUGCAACUUCCGGUCCAACAAUCUGGUCCGGGACCGAUGUAUCCAAACAAUGGUCCGGGUCCGGCACAACAACAACAACAAAUGUUCUCAAAUAUGCCUCAAGGCAUGAAUCAGAAUUACAGUGGUUACGGUAAUCAACAGCAACAGCAACAGCAGCAACAACAACAACAGCAACAUCCUCAAUUGAUGGCUGCCGCUGUUCAGCAACAGCAGCAGCAACAACAGCAGCAACAGCAACAAAUGGUUGGAAACCCGCAGCCGUCAAUGUAUCAACAGCAGUCACAACAUCUGCAGCAACAACAAGGCGGAUCGUUCGCUAUGAGGCAGGAUUUCCAACAGCAAAGAAUGAGAAACACCGCUUAUAUGCAGUCUCCGAAUGUGACCAUGAAUUCGAUGGGAAACCAACCACCUGCUCCACCUUACUCAAGACCAAGUGCGCCACCUUCUCAAGUACCUAUGGGAAAUCAACAAUAUCCGCAAAAUAUAUCUCAGCAAGGUGUGACACGAUUCCUAAUGAUGCAGCAACAACAGCAGGCACAGGCGCAGCAGCAACAACAACAACAACAGCGGAUGGCUCAAUUGCGACAACUUCAAGGUGGCGGUCAACCACAACAAAAUCCAUAUUCGAUGCAACCUCCUCCGUAUUAACAAUUGUUCCAGCCCCCGUAAAAUUUCGGUGGCUUGUUCCUUUCGUGUGUUAUCUUCCCCGUCUCUUCUUUCAUUUAUGUAAUAUUUUUGUUUGUUUUUUGUUAUUACGUUAAACAAAAAUAUGUACCUGGAUCUACUUUUGAUAGUUUUUUUUUUAGUUCUAUUUGUUUUAAAUAGAACCGAUUUCUUAUUUUAUUUCCGCAAAUGUAGUAAAUUUUGGUGAGGUGUAUUUUAAAAUGAGUAUUAGUAGUGUGUACAUUAUUCGGGAAACCAAAUCGCAUUUUUCUUUUCCGAGUGUUUUUUUUUCGAACCAUAGGUAUUUGUAUCGUGUUCUUAUAAUAUUUCUAUCAAUCUUUACGGUUUCCUAAUCGUAUUCCUUUUGUUUUUAUUGUAGUUUGGCGUCUCCAAUCAAAAAAGUUGAUUGGUGGAUUCUCGUUGAAAGAGAAUAAUAAUUUGUUCUCUUGUCGAAGCCUAGACCAAUAAUGUUAUUUAUUUAUUUUUCUUCAAAAUACAGCAUGAUGACGAAACUAGUUCAACACUCGUUAAAUGAAUACCUAUAAUUUUUUGUAAAUACGAGAUGCGUUGUUUUCUUUUUCUUUUUUUUGUUUCUUUUCUUUUUUCGAUACAUAAGUAUUUUUUAUUAUUUAUUUUUUAAAGUUGUCUCGAUUUUAAUGCCUGAAUUAUUUAUUGUUUAUGUAUAUUAAAGUGCAUAAUUUAAA